UUUUUAGAGUAAUCACGUGAAAAAGAUAUCUGUAUAAAACUCCUUCUGUAGGACUUUUGGAAGCCAUAUAAGCAUAGGCAUUAAGCUGCAGUUAUGUCAGUCAACCAACAACAGAAGCGCGCAAUGAAGCGCCUUAUGCAAGAUUAUGAUGAAAUUCAGAGAGAGCCAGUGGAAAAUGUAUCAGCAGCUCCAUUGGAGGAAAAUGUGUUUGAAUGGCACUGUAACUUCAAACAUGACGACAUAAUUUAUCACUUACUACUACUGUUUACAGACAAAUAUCCAUACGAAAGUCCGAGUGCAGAAUUCGUACCAGUUGGUUUCCAUUACAACAGCGGAGCAACAAAACAAGGAAAGAAAGGAACCAAAGUUUGCUUGAAUAUAUUUUCUGACUUUGCUGAUAUUCAUACAGAAUGGAAAGAUGAGAAAUCUGUUGGUUGGUCUCCUGGUUACACAGUACAGACAAUUCUACUAAACGUAGUUGCUUUUCUUGCCGAGACGCAAUCCGGAAGUAGUUGGUGGUGCUUUAAUUCAAAUGACCAUAACUUGAAAUUAUCGAAGUCAUUCUCGUGCAAGGACUGUGGUCAUAAUUAUAAAAAACCGUUUCCACCCAUCAAUGCAGGAAAACCUGAAUUGCCUUUAAAAAAGCAAGACUCCAAAAAGGGGAAGAAGGUUGUGCCGAAAGCAGAUUCGUCAAAAGAAGUUAUCAUUGACUAUAUGUCCAAGGAACAAUUUUCUUUAGCCGUCCCAAAAAGUGACGAAGAUCUAUUUGGUUAUGGACUGAUUGUGUCUGGACCGACACAUAGACCAUCUCUUACCACACCUUGUGAGUUUCUGAAACAAGAGUCAUUCACAAGCAUGAACAAAGCCAUGGGUUGCGUCAAAAGUGUAAUGAAAGAAGAUGUAAAAUUCUUUCUUCCGAUGUACAUCCAUCCUCCACAUGGUGAUAAAAUAAAACAGACAUUUGAAAAUUCAUUAGUCCAGGUUGCUGGAAUACUUAAGAGCUGUAACCCGAAGAAAACUCCAAUAGAAGAAAUUGUCAUUCGUGUCAUACCAAACUUAAUGAGCGCCACUGUAGUAGAAUUUUCUAAAGGAACUCAACAUACAAGCGACAAUAGUCUGAAUGGAUAUUUCUCCCUACACAGAUUACUACUAUGGGCAUUAGAAAUCUACCCAAAUCUUCAAAAACUUAUUGACGAUCGUUUGAAGGAAUUCAUAGAAAACGAAGACAGACGAACAAAGAAAGCAUGUCCACAUAUAGGAGAGUGGCUGAUGUUACUAGCUGCAUCUUCGAAAUUUAGAUGGCAAGAUGCAGCAAUGGCGUAUAUGUCUGAGAGCUGGAGACGACAUGUAAUGUGGUAUGUUAAAGAAGACUCUAAGCUUGGUUUCCUGGACACAGACAAAGACUACAGAAUCAAACAAACAUUUGAACGCACAGCUGUUAGCAGAAAACUUUUAGCCUUUCAGGUUUUGUUUUUGGAUAUCGCCGUGCCAAAGGACAAAACAAGAACGGACUUGAUCAAAAGAUACGACGCAAACCUCGGUUUUCCUACAGCAGACAUGGUGAAAGUGAUGAAAGAAUCCAUUGAAAAAUUGAAAAAUGUCAAAACGUACAAGGAUUGGUUCGAUGUCCUGAAAGUUAAACCUCUUAGUGAACAAGAAAUUUAUGAUAAACUGUUAGAUUCUGUAAAUUAUUCACUAAAGACAGAUGGUUACAGAUGGACAUUUUGGAAGAACGCUGGUGGAUGGAUGGAAGUUUUAAAGCGAUAUCCGAUAGAAAAGAAACCUAAAGCUGAGAAGGAUAAAGCAAGUACAUCUAAAGGCAAACCAACCAAGGAAGAUGAAACGUCAAAGAAAGGUAAAGGUCAAGGAAAGAAAUCAAAGGAAGAAGAUAUUGAAGAACCAAAACCAAAAGGUCGGGGAAAGAAAGCUAAACCCGAAGAUGUCGAAAUUGAAGAACCAAAACUAAAAGGUCGGGGAAAGAAAGCUAAAGCCGAAGACAUGGAAAUUGAGGAACCAAAACUAAAAGGCAGGGGAAAGAAAGCUAAAGUCGAAGAUGUGGAAAUUGAAGAACCCAAGGCAAAGGGACGGGGAAGAAAAGUUAAAGACGAAGACAUGGAAAUUGAAGCACCAAAACCAAAAGGCCGGGGAAAGAAAUCUAAAGUCGAAGAUGUGGAAAUUGAAGAACCCAAGGCAAAGGGACGGGGCAGAAAAGCUAAAAUAGAAGAUAUGGAAAUUGAAGAACCAAAACAAAAACAAAAAUUUCGGGGAAAGAAAGCUAAAGAAGAACUUAUGGAAGUAAAAACACCCACAACGCCCGUCAAAGGCCGAGGAAAGCGUAAAGCUGAAGAUUCACCAGCGAUUGGACGUAAAGCUAAGAAAGCCCGUUGAAAGAGAUGAAUAAGUUGAACUUGGUGUUGUAAUGGUUCUAAUAUAUUUGUUGUGAAGUAAUAACUGGUUGUAUUACCUUGCCAACUUGAUGGAUAUUUAUUACUAUAUGUAUAUGACAAUCAUUGGAGACAAGUCUUCUGUGUAUCCCGAUAAUGUUGUAACUUACAUUACUGCAGUGACAUUACUUAUGUAGUUUAAAUCACCUACAAAAACGUUUAUAUGUAGUAUUGUUAUGGAAAUAACAAACAUAGAUACUAAUUGUUAUGGAAAUAACAAACUUAGAUACUAAUUGUUAUGGAAAUAGCAAACUUAUAUACUAAUUGUUAUGGAAAUAACAAACUUAGAUACUAAUUUGAUUCUCAGCAGUGUAAAGUAACAUAGUGAUAUAAUUUACUGGGGUUAACUAUUUUAAUGCUAGCUGAAAAUUUGUUUUGAUUAAAAAAUAUAUAUUU